UGUUUUUUUUUUUUUCAAGCUUACCCCUGAAUAAACAUUCAGGCAGUUUUAUCAUGUCAACUGAUUGCAAGCGGGAAAACUUCAAAACCUUGUGUCCACAGCCUGAUAAAAAUCUUCAUGUGAUACUGCCCCCCUCCAACUUCAUCUCAUGUGUGUGAUGAAGAGAAAACCUUACAUAAAAGGAAGAUGACACAUUAGUGAUAGUCAUAAACAAUGUUCUUAAUAAUCAGGUAGUAAAGUUGUCUGCUAGGCUAUUUUGAAGUUGAAUGAUAUUUCCUAGCAUAAUUAGCAUCACUUAGUUUUGAAGGAUUUUUUUCUCCAAAGAAUUUGGCUUCAGAUUUCCAUUUGCAUCUAAUUUAUUGAUGUUUUUAUAGCUUUUUGAUAUAUUUCAAUUGGACAUGAAGGACUUUCUUUUUUAGUUAAUUAAAAAAAAAACAACCCCAAAACCAAACAGAAUGCUGUCUCCUAAAGCAAACCUUUUCAACUGCAUAAACCAGGGCUUUUUUACCAUACAUGUUUUUCAUUUAUUUCAAACCAAGUAUUUUUAGUAAAAAUUACAGUCUAAACAUGAAAGCACUUUGUGAGUAAAUACAACAAUCUGGGAGGAAAAUUAGAAAUUGGCUGUGUUUCAUUUGGCCAAAUUUGUAAAGAUGCCAGGAAUGAGCAGACGCUUUUAGAUGGCGAAGUGUAUAUUUGGUUUCUGAGGUUGGUCCUGAAUUAGUGUACAGUACUGUAUUGUUGUCACAGCCAUGGCUGUCAAGGUUAGGAAGAGGUGUGAUCCCUCAGUAGCGCAUUUGACCUGGCGGGAGCCCUUCACGCAACUAUUCUAGGAGAAGGAAAAAGCCCUGCGCCUCUGCUGGUGUGACCCUUCUUACUAGGGGAAAGACAGAGGCUGCCUUUGCUGUAUGUAGUGCCGUGAAGCUCGGCUUUACUGCUGUAGCUGCAUCCACAUUAGAAGUACUUGAAGAGUUUUCCGAUAUGUCACAGAAGUACUCCUAGAGUAUCCUUGUCUGUCUGUAAUUUGAGGUCGGGUAUUCUUUGUUGCCUAGACCCUGCUUGCUCAUACAGGUCUUCCUUCAAGGUGUUACAGUCUUCUCCAUGGCAGCAUGAGGCUCUAUAAUCAUGGUAGUCAUGCCUCUUAGGUAUGAAUGGCAAGGGAGUGAGUUGGAGGGAAGAGACUCCUAGGAAAGGAAAAUAAUGUAAAGAAUUAAUUGGCUGGCACUUAGCACAGCUCUAGAAUGUAAUGUUGAUAUUGUGAGCUAGAAACCUGCCUUGUCUAUGGGAGAAGGUUCAGAUCUGCAUCAGCAUGGAGCUGCAGAUCUGUCUAAAGCCCCUUGGUGAUAGGUGGCCAGGGGAUGUAACCAAAAUAUUUUUUAGAGAAAAACAAAGUGAAGUUUCUCAAGUGUAGCAUAAUGGUUGGAGCUCCCUGGAUGUUACUUUCAUUGAUUCAUAAAUGAAGUUAAAGACUUGUGAUUUUUUGUUUUUUUUCCCAUUUCUUUUAAAGAGAAGUAUUUAUCUUCUGACUCAGAGGUUCUUUUAUCAUCUAUUGUUACAGCUGAUUAUCCCUCCACUUUUCCUUUUUUCCUUUUAGAUAAGAGCUGAAAGUUGGUGAUUACUUUCAAAACCAGGAGAAGCCAUUUUUUCAUGAGGAAGAAGAGAAAGCUUUACAAGACCAUGUUGUAAUUGCUGCAUGUAAUUCUGGUGGAAUGUGACUGUAGUCAGCAAAUUUCAGAUCCUUUUAAUGAAUGAUGAUUCUAGUUAAUAAUUUUUGUUCUUUUCAGUCAUCUUUACUCAAAAGAAUAUGAAAUAGGUGAGCAAGUAAAAGAAAUUUCUCUUCUUUCAAGGUUAAGUUGUUUGCGUGCCAACAGUAUAAUGUGAAGCACCUUUCUGUUGAUAAAACCACACCAAUUAUUUUAUUAGCAAAGUUGGCACAAAUGUUUUUAUGCCAUGAGUUGAAAUGCACCUUUUAGCAGACAUGAUGAUCUUCGCCAAUGCAUGCUAUGUUUAUUGUUGACAACACCUGUAGGACACAUGGAUAUAGUAGCAAAAAAAAAAAAAAUAAUGCAAGUAAAAUGAAGUUAUGUGACAAAGUGAAGUCUCCGUAGUUGCAGGUACUGUGUUUUCCAUUAACUUCUUGGUGUCCUCUGAUACCAAGUCAUUCUGGAAUGUGUAGUGAUCUUUUUCCAAGGGGGAAAGGUUGCAUUAAACUCUGCCUAUUUGAGGAGAAGUUGGUCUGCUGACAUGCCGAAGGAACAAGCAUGGUUUCUUCCACAGUCAGCCUGAUGUUGGGGUUUGGUUAGGAAUGUAUGACUAAAACAAGUAAUCCAGAAUUUGUUAAUACAAUGUUGUGGUAGGGGAGUAAACAAAUGAUGUGUGACUUUUUGCUGGACUUAUUUUGACUUAGUUCCAAGACUCGUAGAGUCUUGCAAAAAUAUCUUCAUUGAUUCCAGUUUCAGCUCGCUUUAAGAAAUAACUACCAAUGUUUCCAAGUUCCAGAACAGAAACAAGUAAACUAAUUUUGAAAUAUUUCUUCCUGAAAGGGAGACAUCUGAAUGCAUUCCAGUUUCCUUGUUAGAUUUGGAAUGCAAUGCAUUAAUUAGGGGAAUGCUCAAGCUAUUUUCAGUGUGUGUGCUCUUAUGUACUAUCUUUGACCUUGAAUAAUUUCUUUGGAAACCCUAAAAAAGGGGGGAGGGAAAAAAGCUUUCUUUCAAGACCAAAUUACUAAAUGUGGAAGACUUUGUAAACUGGUUCCUGCCUUUUUCAGUCUUUCUAAAAAUAUCUAAUCUGGAUUUCUAGAGAAAGUAAACAUUUUAGAGUGAUUUCAAGGUACAAAAAUAAAACUUUAUACUGUCCUUCUAUGUAAUUAUGAAGAGUAGGAUAAAUGUAAUAGGACAGUGUCAACACUGCUCUAGAAUUUUAGGUUUUAAGAAGAAAAUGAAUUGUGAAAAACUUCCCAUCACAGUUUUUAAAACAAGGAAUCCUCUAUGGAAUAGUUUUAUAUUGGGUUUACAUAAGAAAAUUUUUCAUUGUUUAAGGUCAGUUUUCAUGUUUCACCCCCCCUGCCCCAAGUUCAAGGCUUUCCUCACUUCCAAGAAAACAAUUUUCAUUUUCAAGCUUGCUUUCUGUGUUAGAAAGUGAUUCCGUCCCUGUAUAUGAUCAGAUGUUUUGGUAUGUAGCAGUUCUUGAAUUUGAGCCAGUUGUCAUGCCAGCAACUGAUGCCUGUGCAUGUGCACUCUGUCCCUGUACUCUUAACUUUCAGAGAUGAACAAUUAACUAAAAGCAAAAUCUGUGCGUGAGAGUAGGCUGGAACUAUUCAAAAGUCAGCAUCGGACAAACUGGUUUCCUUAAAAUUCAGGAGCCAGUUGCUGCGUUUUGCCAUGUCAUUUUUGUGGGGGGUUUUUUUUGCCCCCCCCACCGCCCCCGGUUGUGUGGGUUUUGGUUUUUUUUGUUUGGGUUUUUUUUUUUUUUUUUUUUUUAAAUCUGUUAAAAUGGAUCCCUUAAGACUCUGGUAAAGUUCUAAUUUAAAAGAUAUAACCUGCUUUGAGUGAAUAGUGUAUUAUGUACAGCAGUUUUUACUGGUGAAGUGUAAAGUAUAUUAGACAGCAGACUGUAAGAUCUGUCUGCAUGGGUUCAAUUUCAAUGUCACCUCCUGUCUAGGUAAUCUAGUUACCUCAAGAUUGUGAAGUUUUGUAGUAGUGUACCAAAAUGAGAGCAAAGUUAUGGUAGUACAGGAAUGCAGUUGACAUCCCUUUACUUUCUUUCUCUUUAGCUGUUUUUUGUUUUUCUUUGAGGAUUGGGCUUGAAUAUUUACUGCAUUUUUUUUUAAAGGCAAAGCCACAAACAAAAACAAAAGGAAAAAAGGGACCACACUAUUUUAACUGACAAAAGCUAUCCUAAUUUAUGAAUAUGCUAUCUGUGACAGAAACUAAUUUGAAAUUUUAAAAAGCUUUCAUGUGCAACAAGGGUAUAGAUUUAAUGUGAAUUCUGAUUGCCUGGAAUGCAGUCAGCCUGACAGCUUGUGAAUACUUGAGUACUGUCCAACAACUGCACUUGUUCUGUGAGAUCUGUCCGCUUGAACUUCCAGUUUUUCCUCUUGGUUUGCUAUCUAAGACUACCUGUGUAAAAUGCUUCCCUCAGCUGGAUACAUAAGCAGCCCUUGACUUGGCUUCGUAACCUUCUGUGACCUGGAUCACUGGGGAUGUUGGCUGGUACUGUAUGCUGGUUUGCAUUCUCCUUCGAGCUACAUGCCAAUUACCAGGAUUUAUGAGAUGCCCUUGUGGUGCAUUACCCUGCUGUCCUCCGAUGAAGCAGCAAUACACAUCCAGUCUUUGUUGCCUUGGCCCCGCUACUGAAGACCAGGAAAUCUGGAAAACUUGUGAUGUAAAACUCGGUCUUAAAAUAGGUUUCCACUUGAGUGGCACAGUGACAGAGCCUGCAAUGCAAUCGGAGCCAGAAACUGUUUGCAAUGUAGCUAUCAGCUUUGAUCGUUGCAAGAUUACCUCAGUGACCUGUAGCUGUGGAAACAAGGACAUAUUUUACUGUGCUCAUGUUGUGGCACUCUCUUUAUACCGGAUCCGCAAGCCAGAUCAGGUCAAACUGCAUCUUCCCAUUUCAGAGACACUCUUUCAAAUGAACAGAGACCAACUACAAAAAUUUGUACAGUAUUUGAUCACAGUGCACCACACAGAAGUUUUGCCAACUGCUCAAAAACUAGCAGAUGAAAUUCUUUCUCAGAAUUCAGAAAUCAAUCAAGUCCAUGGUGCUCCUGACCCAACAGCGGGCGCUAGCAUAGAUGAUGAAAACUGCUGGCAUUUGGAUGAGGAACAAGUCCAAGAACAGGUUAAACUCUUCCUCUCCCAGGGUGGAUACCAUGGAUCAGGGAAGCAGCUCAAUUUGCUUUUUGCAAAGGUGCGAGAGAUGCUAAAGAUGAGAGAUUCAAAUGGAGCCCGCAUGUUGACGUUGAUAACAGAACAGUUCAUGGCUGACCCUCGUCUGUCGCUUUGGAGACAACAAGGAACUGCAAUGACUGACAAGUAUAGGCAGCUCUGGGAUGAACUGGGUGCUCUGUGGAUGUGUAUAGUCUUAAAUCCCCACUGCAAGUUGGAGCAGAAGUCCAGUUGGCUAAAACAGCUGAAAAAAUGGAACAGUGUGGAUGUUUGUCCCUGGGAAGAUGGAAACCAUGGAAACGAACUGCCCAAUUUAACCAAUGCUUUGCCUCAGGGUGCAAAUGCUAACCAAGAUUCACCGAACAGGCCACAUCGGACGGUGUUCACUCGAGCCAUUGAGGCAUGCGAUCUGCACUGGCAGGACAGCCACUUACAGCACAUUAUCAGCAGUGACCUAUACUCCAACUACUGUUACCAUGACGACACUGAAAACUUACUCUUUGACUCUCAGGGGUGGCCCCUCUGGCAUGAACAUGUUCCUACAGCCUGUGCAAGGGUGGAUGCAUUACGAUCUCAUGGAUACCCACGAGAAGCACUGAGGCUAGCAAUAGCUGUUGUUAAUACGCUAAGAAGGCAGCAGCAGAAACAGCUGGAAAUGUUCCGGGCUCAGAAGAAAGAACUUCUCCACAGAGGAGUAACCUCAAUAACAAAUCUUGAGGGUUGGGUGGGACACCCGUUGGACCCCAUUGGCACUCUCUUCAGUAGCCUGAUGGAAGCCUGCAGGGUGGAUGAUGAGAGCUUCCAUGGAUUCUCAGACUUCACGGACAACAUGGGGCAAUGCAGAUCUCUGGAGUACCACCACCUGCCUGCACACAAGUUCUUUGAAGAAGGGGAAUCUUAUUUGACGCUGGCUGUGGAAGUAGCAUUGAUAGGGCUGGGACAGCAACGAAUAAUGCCAGAUGGCUUGUAUGCACAAGAGAAGGUUUGUCGAAAUGAGGAGCAGCUCAUUUCUAAGCUACAGGAAAUUGAAUUGGAUGAUACUCUGGUGAAGAUUUUUCGAAAGCAAGCAGUCUUCCUAUUAGAAGCUGGACCGUAUAGUGGUUUAGGUGAAGUCAUCCAUCGAGAGAGCGUUCCAAUGCACACAUUUGCCAAGUAUCUCUUCACCUCUCUCCUACCUCAUGAUGCUGAACUGGCAUACAAAACUGCACUGAGAGCCAUGCGGUUGUUAGUAUUGGAAUCUACAGCUCCUUCGGGAGACAUGUCCCGCCCGCACCAUAUUGCAUCAGUUGUUCCAAACCGGUAUCCCCGCUGGUUCACCCUAAGUCACAUUGAAUCCCAGCAGUGUGAACUGGCAUCAACCAUGCUAACAGCAGCCAAAGGUGAUGUUCGGAGACUGGAAACAGUGUUAGAAUCCAUCCAGAAAAAUAUCCACUCCUCAUCACACAUCUUCAAACUUGCCCAGGAUGCAUUUAAAAUAGCAACACUCAUGGACAGCUUGCCAGACAUCACUCUUCUGAAAGUUUCUCUGGAGUUGGGCCUUCAGGUGAUGCGGAUGACACUGUCCACACUGAAUUGGCGACGGCGGGAAAUGGUGAGGUGGUUGGUAACAUGUGCGACAGAAGUAGGUGUUUAUGCACUGGAUAGUAUCAUGCAAAACUGGUUUACACUUUUCACUCCAACAGAAGCCACUAGUAUUGUUGCUACAACAGUGAUGUCCAAUAGCACCAUUGUCCGUCUGCAUCUGGACUGCCAUCAGCAGGAGAAGCUGGCUAGCAGUGCUAGGACGCUUGCGCUACAGUGUGCCAUGAAGGAUCCUCAAAAUUGUGCUCUCUCUGCACUGACCUUAUGUGAAAAGGAUCACAUAGCUUUUGAGACUGCGUACCAAAUUGUUCUAGAUGCUGCUACAACAGGCAUGAGCUACUCGCAGCUUUUUACUAUAGCACGAUACAUGGAGCACCGGGGUUACCCCAUGCGGGCCUACAAGCUGGCCACUUUGGCCAUGACACAUCUCAACCUGAGUUACAAUCAGGACACACACCCUGCCAUUAAUGACGUUCUGUGGGCAUGUGCACUCAGCCACUCCCUCGGGAAAAAUGAGCUAGCAGCUAUAAUACCUCUGGUGGUCAAAAGUGUCAAAUGUGCAACAGUACUGUCGGACAUUUUGCGUAGAUGUACUUUGACCACUCCUGGCAUGGUGGGACUUCAUGGAAGGAGGAACUCUGGUAAGCUCAUGUCACUGGACAAAGCCCCUUUGCGGCAACUCUUGGAUGCCACAAUCGGAGCCUACAUUAAUACAACUCAUUCACGUCUCACUCACAUUAGCCCACGACACUAUAGUGAGUUUAUAGAGUUCCUCAGCAAGGCCAGAGAGACCUUCUUAAUGGCUCAUGAUGGUCACAUCCAGUUUACACAGUUUAUUGACAACCUAAAGCAAAUCUACAAAGGCAAAAAGAAACUGAUGAUGCUGGUUCGUGAGCGGUUUGGUUGACAAAAAUGUGUGAAUUGGGGAUUGGGGGAUGGGAGGGGUGGUUUGUUUUUACUUGAGCCUGCCUUUGUAUCCUUUUUAACUUAAAGAAACAGAGCCACACCGGUAUUAUAUGUGUAUAGUUAUAUUGAGUUUGCAAACUAAAUUGUCAUGUUGUGAAAGUUUGUGUGUUUAAUUUUUAUUUUUUUUCCCUUUUCCUGUUUUGUAUGAGAGAGAGGUUAAAAAAGGUUUGGUUUACACUGAGUAUAUGUUGUCAAGUGGCAAAAGCCCACAUUGCUCUCCUGUUCUUUCUGUAUACGUUCACAGCCUCAAAAACAAGCAUAUAUUGUAAUGGCUUUAAAAACCAAACAAAACACCUCCAUCCUGUGAUAAGUACCUCGAAUGGAUUCAGCUUUACUCCUUUGUAACUCAUCCUUACAUUUCAGCAUAUUUAAACAAACCAACAAAUGAAAUACUAAUAGUUAAAAGGCUGACCACGUGGCUUUGCAGUGCUGUUCAUCCAGAAGCAUGGCACACAAUGCUUGUGCAUGUGGAAACUUAGCGACUGUCAACAUACAUUCUCAGGGAUUUAUCAAAAAAAUUAAAAAAAGAAUGAGAGCAUUUAUUGUACUGUAUAUAUAUUAUAGUAUAUGUCUGAAUAUUGAAAAAUAUAACAUUAACUAAUUUAUAAAAAAAUCUAUGUAAUGCAAAAUACUUGAAGCUGCAGUAGCUUGGUUUUAAACAAAAAAGAAAACCUAUCAGAAGGACUAAAGUGCGCCUUGCUUCAGGGUUGGCUCAGGUGGUGAACUAUAUGCUGGGCAUCUAUGCAGAGCCACCUUUUGGAUUGCAUGGUUGGACUGAUACCUAAUGGGGAAAUUUUAUAUAUAUAUAUUUAUACAACUUGUGUAUACAUAUAUAUGUAUACACACAUACACACAUGCUUGUAACAGGCACUAUAGUAAAGAGGGACAACAAAAAAAUACACAGCCAGAGCAGCAAGCCUUAGCAUUAAGAAUACAGUAUGCCAGAACUGGGGUUUGUGCCUCCUAGCCUAGAAGACUUAAAGAAAUAUCCUUUUUGACACAAAACGCAAAAUGUUUUCCAAAAUGAUUGACAUGAUACAUUACGCCUUUACAGUGAGCUAAUAAUAAGCUAACCUUUGUGCACAAAUAACAUAUAUAUAUAUUAUAUAUAUAUUCUGCAUAGGUAUUUUGACUUUGUGCAGGACAGAAAGUUGUGUAGGUAUGACUGUUCUACUUUUCAGUUUGUUUUUUUAAUAUAUUUUAUUUUCUCUAGAAUUACUCAAACAAAAGCAGCCUUCUAUCUUGCCUUGUCUUAAUGCUUUAAAAUAACCAAACUGGAGAUCUAACUACCAAACUGUUCAUUAUAUUAUUAAAUACCAACUUUGGUUACAGUAUAGUGUCUUUACUUUAGCUGAUGGUUCUGUAUCCUUGUGCUUUUUAAAGCAGUUUUUAUGUUUUGGUGCAAAAGUUGUCCAGUGUCUCUUGUUCCCUUCAUUAGAGAACAUGCUAGAGGUAUGUUUGUAGGUAUUUUUGUUUAGAAAAACUAUUUCAUGCUCUCCAUUUUAUUUAUUAUAAUAGGUAAAAAGGUUGUACUUCAUCACCCAUGUAAACAUGCUCAUGAAGUUGAAAGUAAUUAAGAUUUGAUACACUGAUAUCAAUUUAUUUAUGUAACUAAAUCACUGUUUUAUAAACUUGUUAAUGAUCAACAAUUUUUUUGUUUUGAUUAAAAUUAGUUUUUUGAAAGUUGA